AGAACAGAACAGCAAAACACCAAAAUCAAAAAUUUUUAUUCAAAAAAAUAAAAAAUAAAAAAUAAAGAUCUCCUUCCUCUUUCAGUUCUUCCCUCCCUCUUCUCCGAUCAGAUCUGUCCGCCCCCCGCCUUUCCAUCUUCCGUUCGUCAAGUUCUUCUGGUUUUCUCAUUCUUCUUUCCCUUUCCAUUCCCAAUCUUCAGUUUCUCCUUUACCUCAAAAUUCUGUAAUCUCCGCCUCCUUGUUUCGCUCGGUUUAUUUCUCAAUUGCUUUCCGGUUCAGAUUUUGAAUCUCUUGAUCUGCCUGCUGUAUCUGUUCUUUGUAGGUUUUUUUUUAAGAAUUUGGGCGUUGCGCUGGAAUUUGAUUGCUCUUAUGCUCGAAUUUGAUUAGGGUUUGAUUCACAUUAUUUAUUACCAAGUGAAUGAGGAGUUAAUUUUAUGAAAUUUUGAGGGUUUCUGGGUAUUUUGGGAAUGGCUUCGGCUCAGGUGUUGCCUAGUUCGCGGAAACAGGAGCAUCUGGAAGCUGGAAAGCGUCGGCUUGAAGAAUUCCGCAAGAAAAAAGCGGCAGAGAAGGCUAAGAAGGCUGCAUCUAUUAACCAGCCACAAAAUCAGUUAGAAGUUGAACAUGUGCAAAUCAUUGAUGUGGAUGGUGUUAGUACAUCUGAUGGACCCUCUACUUCAAUAACUAACAACAAGAACAGCAGCAAGGAAAUGAAAUUUGCCCAUGAAACUCAGCAAGUUUUGUCAACUGAUACAAAUGCUAGUCCAAGAGUUUCUGUGAAUGGUUAUAGUUCGUCUUCUGUAGAAUAUCAGACACAUGCAAACAAUAUAGAAAUCAAGAAAUAUAAUGCUUCAGGGAAUGGACCAUUGGAUGUAAAUUAUAGCUCAGGCACUAAACAGAUGGCUAAUGACUUUGAAACAUAUGUUAAUGAUCAAGAUGCGGCUGCAUAUGCGCAUUCAUCUGCCCACCUUAUUGGUGUGCACCAACAAGCAAGCCAAGAUUAUGAGAACAAUUAUAGUCGAUCUAGUUUUCGUGGCAUUGAGGAAUCCAAGUCUAAAGAAAAGGACAAUUCUUUGAAGGUUUCUUCAGCUGUAAGUGCAAUAUCUUCUCAAGAUUUUGUUACAAAAUUCUCCUUUCAGAACUCACAGCAAAGUAGGCCCAGUAAUGCUAGCUCACUUGGUAGUGACUAUGCAUUCUCCACUUUGUAUGAAGAUUCUGUUCAAUCUACCACUAGCGUUGGAGGAUUUCCCCUUGAAGUUAGGAAAGACAUGCUGGACAGCACAGCAUUAACAGAACCUAUGAUUUCUAUCCCCAGAGAAAAAAGGAUUGGAAGCUCAGCUAGUGGUUUUGCUAGCAUGCAAAAUACAUCCACGCUAAUGUCUGAAUCUUCAGGAUUCAGUUUUGAUGUCCGAAAUUCCUCAAGCCACAUGCCACCACAUCCAGUCACAAAUGACACUAGUUCUCGUAGAUCUCGUCCUUCUUUUCUUGAUUCUCUUAAUGUGUCCAGAGCUUCGUCAGGUUCUCCCUUCCAACGGAAUGAACCGCAAAAGGAUUCAUUUGUCUUCCAUACUUCACAAGUUAGCAGUACAGAUGUCCAAGGACCAUCUCCUUUACAAAAGCCAUUAUCAGAGACUGAAACUAAUUACUCAGAACUGGGAGCUUCUAAAGUUCCUAGUGCAAACGAGCAACCUAUGAAUUCUUCCUUCUUUGCUAAUAAUGAUAGUGACCCAUUGAGGUUGAGUGUUAAUGAGAAUAGCAUGGAGAAGAAGCAUGAAUAUUUUUCACCCCAAAAGAAUGAAGAUUUUGCUGCUUUGGAACAGCAUAUUGAAGAUUUGACUCUAGAAAAAUUUUCAUUACAACGAGCUCUCGAGGCUUCACGAGUUUUAGCGGAAUCCUUGGCUGCUGAAAAUUCAUCCCUGACAGAUAAUUAUAAUCAACAGAGAAGUAUUGUCAACCAGCUAAAGUCUGACAUGGAGAAGUUACAAGAAGAAAUCAAGGCCCAACUGGCAGAACUCGAGUCCUUAAAAAUGGAAUACACAAAUGCACAGCUAGAAUGUAGUGCAGCUGAUGAACGUGCCAAUAUAUUGGCUUCAGAAGUUAUAGGCUUAGAGGAGAAGGCACUUAGACUACGGUCAAAUGAGCUAAAAUUGGAGAGGCAAUUGGAGAACACACAAGCUGAAAUAUCUUCUUAUAAAAGGAAAAUGUCUAGCCUAGAGAAAGGGUGUCAGGAUUUGCAGUUAACUAUUGAUGCUUUUCAAGAAGAGAAGAAGGUUUUGCAGUCUAAGCUACGGAAAGUUUCUUUGGGUGGGAAACCUGUUGAUAUUAGUAAGAGUCCUGCGAGUAGGAAAGACAUGUCAACUUCUACUGAGGAUCUAGAUACAGAUGCCAUUUCAGCCACAUCGAAUGAGGAAAUGCACAAUUCUAGUUUGCUUCUUGGAAGUGGUGCAUCUAGUUCCACCAUGGUGCCUGAAAAUGGAGAAUUAUUAUUUGAAGCUUUAUCUGUUAAUAUUCCUCCUGAUCAAAUGAGAAUGAUUCAAAAUAUUAAUGCUCUAAUUUCUGAGUUAGCUUUGGAGAAAGAAGAGCUGAUGCGAGCUUUGUCAUCUGAAUUAUCUCAAAGUUUGAAGCUGAAAGAAUUGAACAAAGAGUUGUCUCGAAAACUGGAAGCUCAAACUCAAAGAUUAGAGCUUCUGACUGCUCAGAGUAUGGCCAGUGAGAAUGUUUCAGCUCGACAACCUGAUUCUCACACUAUGCAUGAGAAUACUACAUAUGCAGACGAGGGUGAUGAGGUGGUGGAAAGAGUUUUAGGAUGGAUCAUGAAGCUCUUCCCAGGGGGACCAUCAAGACGUCGAACCAGCAAGCUUCUUUAAUGUGGAGUAUGGAUACCUCGUUAACUAAGGUCUGUUCUCAGAUAUGCUAUUGGUCUGUUUCCUUUUGCCUUCCCUUGUUUUGCAAAUAUGUGAGGGAAGGGUCGUGAUAUGUACAUUGUGAGUCAUCAUAUACAAAUCCAUUCUUUUCUAUUAGAAGGAAAAUGAAGCAUGUUAUAAUUGAUUGGCAAAAUCCAAGUGAUUUAUUUCAGAGAAGGCAAUAAGGCGGGCCCUUGCUGCGGUCAUAGAGUCUUGUUUGGGGAUCAAAUUUUGAUGGGUGCGUUUGUUCAAUGUCAAAAGGAGAUUGAACUGUUGGUAUACAAAAAACUGGGAAUUUAUGUUGUCUUGAGUACUUAUUAAGCCACAUGGUUAGAAUCAUGUUUGUAUACACUUUGGGGGUUAAGCCCAUGAAAUUAAACAUUCGAUUUUCAGAUUUUUGAUGGUAGUGAAGCCCUUUCUUCCAUUUCCAUGCAAUCAGCCGGCAAUGCCUGUUUGAACGCAACUGGGAUUGUUGUUGUUUUUAUUGUAUUGAGUACUAUGGAUCAAAAGGGCGGGAAGAGCGAAGAUUUCAUUUUACUGAAAAAUCGAAUGCCGAAAACGGUUUUAACUCUUUGAACCGUUGAUCAUUACCUAUGCAUUAAUGAAAGAUGAAAAUUUUG